UGUAGUUGGAGCAGCAGCAGCUUCGUUGCUGGACUCAGUCUCUGAUUGCUUCAUAGAUCAUGUUUUAAUUCAACUGUGAGAACGUCAUGAUAACAGAUUAAUGACUCAUAUAUAAUAUUUUAAUUUAUGUUUAGCUCACUGGGUUUUAAAAGCCUCGGUGUCCUGGACUUCCUGUAAGACUUCCAUGAAGACCUCCUCAUCGAUGGCUACACUCUGGUCUAAAAUCUCUGCAGCUCUGCCCCAUAAUGAGGAACAGUUCCCUCUGCAGUUCAGUGACACGGUGGAGUUGAGCGUGGUGGACGUGUUGAAACGCUCCAGGCAGCAGCUGUACGGCGACGCCGCGUGCACCAGUCGCUCGCUCGGUGCUCAGAUCAUUUUGGAUCUGUCGUGGGAGAAGCUCAACACGGGAACGUGGCGCCACGUGGACAAAGAGUGGAGGCGUGUGUAUUCGUACGGCUGCCUGUUCAAAGUGGCCGCUCUGUGCCGCGAUGGUCCAUCAGAGAACGAGGUCCUGCAGGCCGUCCGGACUUGUGACAUGGGUUUGCUCAUGGGUGCAGCCGUCCUGGAUAAUAUACUUCAGGAUAUAGUCGGGAUUCUGCAGGACGAGGUCAGGAAGUCGUCGAAAGAAGAAGAUGAACCAACUGAGGUGAAGAGACCGAAGCUCGAGCGGCCACGUGUUCCUGUGAUCAGACAAGAGUUUGCGAUUCCCAGGGUGACGUGUCCGUCGCUGGAGAGCUUCAACACAAACCACCUGCUGCCCCUCAAACCAGUGGUUUUAGAAGGGACCAUUGACCACUGGCCUGCACUUAAUGGACACCGCUGGAGCAUAGAAUACCUGAGGUCUGUGGCCGGGUGUCGGACCGUUCCCGUCGAGUUGGGAUCCAGGUACACGGACGAAGAAUGGUCCCAAACUCUAAUUACGGUCAAUGAAUUCAUCGAUCGAUAUAUUAUGAAUAAAGUAAGUGCAUCCUCAUCAGAGUCUUGCAUUUGCAUUCAUGAAGCACAGAGGACGGGUUUGGGUUAUCUGGCUCAGCACCAGCUUUUUGAUCAGAUACCAGAGUUGAAGGAAGACAUCCGUCUCCCUGAUUAUUGCUGUCUGGGUGAGGAAGAUGAAGACAACAUUACAGUAAACGCAUGGUUUGGUCCUGGAGGCACGGUGUCUCCUCUUCACCAAGACCCGCAACAGAACUUCUUGGCUCAGGUUGUGGGGAGCAAAUACAUUCGCCUGUAUUCCCCAGAGGACACGGACAAGCUGUACCCUCAUCAAUCACAGCUGCUUCACAAUACCAGUCAGGUGGAGGUGGAGAAUCCAGACGCGGAGCGGUUCCCGGAAUUUGCCAAAGCUCCAUAUCUGGAAUGCGUGCUGCAGCCCGGAGACGUGCUGUUCAUCCCUGUCCAACACUGGCACUACGUCCGCUCCUUGGAGCUCAGCUUCUCCGUCAGCUACUGGUGGUCGUGAAUUUCCGAUUCCAUAAUAAUAAUAAUAAAUUAUAUAUUGUUUAUUUAUAAGAUUCUGCUGUUUCCUGCUGCUGUGGAUGGGAAAUCAGUGUGAGAGAGUUCUCAACUAAAGCUAAUUCUCAUAAAUGUGAGGACAACCGCUGAUCACACAAACCUUUGAUCCAUGAACAAUGAACACACUCUGCAGAAUGAUUAGUUUAAUUGUGCCGCUGAUGAGUGCAACAACAUCUAUUGUGUGGAAAGCCAACAGCGGAGAUAAAAAACAACAAAUGAGCGGUUAAAACUGUUUGUGCUCAUUUCAUCUCGCAUAUAAUUUACAGAAGGCUGUCGUCUAAUUUGAUAGGAUAUGUUUUCUCUUUUCAAAUUGGCUUAUUUAAUUGUGCUCUCAACCUUAUUCCUACAAAUAUCCUCAGUUGUAUGAUUUCCAUAAUUCAUGGAAAUGAGGCGAGUCCUCAGAUUUAAUAACCGAGUGAGCUACAGGUACAAAGAAAUGUGGUAAUAAACACGGAUCUCUGGUUGAACUGACAGUGUGGCAAUCAAGCAGGUCACAAAUGAGACUUAAUAAAUUAAAUGUAUUAAUUCCCCGAGCGCAGAGAGACUUCAAUUAAAAUGGUCUCAUUGGUUAAGUACCCUGACACUACAACUGUUGUCGAGCAGCAAAAACAUAACACCUGACUACCGAGACUUUUUUCAUUUCUGAUUUCAGCCCAAGUCUUUACUCCUGUCGGUCCAUUUCAAUUAAACAUGCUCAUCACAUCCCUGAGGUGUGAGGAGAUGUGAGAUAAAGAACUAUUCAGGGAAAUCAAGGAGCUGAAGAGCUUUCUGAGAAUUUUUUAAUAAAACAUCACAAUUUGUGUUUUUUUUCUGAUUGACAUCAACAGUUGAAAUAACUCCGGCUAUUUUCUGCAAAUGUAAGAAAUACAAUGCAGCC